AUGACAGUUGCUUUCAGCAACAUCAGCGGUGAUCCCUGCUACAACUAUGAGUCUCUGGAUCGUCCCUGGAGAGCCAACAAUGAAAGUGGAGACUGGAUUUGUGAUGAAUAUUUCUCCUGGAAUGGCUGGUACCGGCUUUUCUACUAUGGAAUGAACAUCCAGAUGCCAGAGACCUGUGUGGAUUCAUACAGCUGUAACACAAUCUAUAAUCUGUGGCUCAAUGGUCCUCACCCUCAGAUAGAGGAUGAAGAGGUGAUCAGAGAGGUCUGUGUAGGGUCUUAUUGGGGCAUCUGCUGUGAAUACAAGACAAACCCCAUCAGAGUGAAAGCGUGUCCAGGCAAUUACUAUGUCUAUGAACUUGUGAAUCCACAACUCGGGUGUUCAGGAUACUGCACAGAUGUCAACACCAUUUCAUGGCCGGUUUCCACUGUCAGUCCAGAUAUAAUCACUGGAUCCAGCAUCACCUUGAAUUAUGACCCGUGCAAUAACUACAACAUACUAGACAACUACUGGAGAAGCACAUUCAAUUACUGGUCUAUGUAUGGAUACAUCUCUGAUCAUGAUGACACUCGUGAAGAAUGGGAUGGCUGGUAUCGACUCUUUAUUAAUGAGUCGAGUGCUCAGAUGCCUGAGUGGUGUAUAUCCUUCAUGUCAUGUGGAGGUUUUAGUUCUCUGUAUCUUGGUGGCUCUCAUCCUCGUCUAGAAGAUGGAGUUGUUACUCGUGAAAUUUAUGGCUCUCACCAUGCUCAGUGCAAUUACUACAGAUCUGAACCAAUCCAAGUCAAAGCUUGUCCUGGAGAUUAUUAUGUCUACAAAUUUACCAGACCAACAAUUUCGAUCCCAGCUCCUGUAUAUUGUGCAGUACCUUUCAGCACCCCAAGUGUAGACCCCUGCUACAGUUACACCAGUCUGGAUGAGCUUUGGAGAGCCACUGACAAUCCUUACUAUAAUAACUAUUACUACUAUGGCUUGUGUGAUUAUAAUGUGGAGUGGAAUGGCUGGUACAGGCUGUUCUACAAUGGUCAAAAUGCUCAGAUGCCAGAAUCAUGUGUUAAUUAUGGCAUGUGUGGCUCUUAUGAGCCACUGUGGCUCAACGGCCCUCAUCCACAGCUGGAAGAUGGAGUGGUCACCCGUCAGGUCUGUGCUUCCACAUGGAGUGACUGCUGUGGAUACACAUCCCACCCUGUACGAGUCAAAGCAUGUCCAGGAAAUUACUAUGUUUAUGAGUUUGUCAAGCCACUGUUUUGUGGAGAUUACUGUGUAGCCAUACGUCAGACCAUCCCAUCAGUGUCUACAUCAACACAGACAAUUCCACCCAUAGAAUCCAUAACUUCACCAAUCACAACCUCUGCUCCCCCUGUUGACCCCUGCUACAGCUACAAUGUCCUGGACGAUCCAUGGAGAUCCACCAACAAUCAACAUUCCUCUCAAAUAAUGUGUGACUCUUGGGUCAGCUGGAACGGCUGGUACCGUCUCUUCAUUCAGGGUCAGAGCGUUCAGAUGCCAGACACGUGUGUUGAGGAGUAUAGUUGUGGCACUAAUGCUCCACUCUGGCUGAACGGAGGACAUCCAGCAGUUGAGGAUGGAGAGGUCACUCGAGAUGUCUGCGGUCACUAUGACAAUGACUGCUGUGCUUUUCUGUCCAAUCCCAUUAAAGUCAAAGCCUGUCCAGGAGAUUAUUAUGUCUAUGAGUUUGUGAGCCCAGUUGGCUGCAGUUUGGCAUAUUGUGCAGAUGCGUGGAACAUAAACAAUACCUACACUACGACAGAGACAACCACAACCGCAGAAACUGUAGCUGAAACCACAAUGACUG